AUGGCCAUCUUCCAAUCAGUCUGUUUUUGUCAGGUCAUGGCCUCGUUUCUGGCCAAGAGUCUCGUCCUCGCCUUGGCCUUGAUCUCGGGUCAGGCGACUAGUGUCGAGUUCAAUAUAGGUGAGUACGGGUGCUCUGAUUGGUUCGCGACAAGAUUUUGUUUAUCGAAUUUGGUCCCACCGCGAAAACUUUUUUUUUAGCAAUAAUUAGAUUUUGGGUUUUUUGUUUUUGCACGGCAAUUUGUAGCAAAUUUGGAAUGGUAAUAAACAGCCUGAAGUUAUAAAAAUUUUUUAAAAAAUUAAAAUAUAUUUUUUAUGUUACUUUAGGUAACACUUUUAAAUCUAGGUAUUAUCCAUGGCAUCGAAGGCUCUAUGGUCUGGCACAAUGUCAGAUACGCCGUUGAUGAAUGGAACAAGCAGACCUUGGCUUCUCCUGUCCCGAUGACACUCAAUGUUAUCUACCCCACAGAUUCCUUUGCUUCAGUAGAAGACAGGUUCUGUGAUGUAGUGCAACAUAACCUGAUUGGCUUGAUAGUACCAUCAGUACUAUUGACUACCGAAGAAAUGACCUUAGUCUUCUCAAUGUGCAAUCGAAUCAAUUUGCCUUGUUUAACCACAAAUGACCUCUUGUUGAAUGACUCAAGUGAGUUUAUAUUGUAGUAGGUGAUUAUAAACAACUGCUGGUGUUAACGAAGUUCAUUAAACGUGUCUAUGUUAAUGUAAAUAUUAAAGUAGUCAACUAAUUGAUACAAGUUUAGACAUAAAUCAAUUCGUCCACUCAGUAGCGCCGUCUUCUGGCACGGUGGGGAAAGCCGCAGCCAAGCUGAUUUCCAGUCUUUCAUGGAACUCUUUUGUUUUGGUAUACGAGAAGUCGAGUAGUCUAAUUGACAUUACCGCCCUUCUCUCUAUUUAUUACAACGAACAUGGCACUCGAACAGCGAUACGGGUCUUACAAUUACCUCAGUCUUUGGACAACUACGAUGCCUUCUUGAAGUACACCAGGGAACAGCUCAAGCAGACUAGUAUGGUAUGUUGUCAAGGUUUAUGUUUUUAUGGAAUUUUAGGUAACUAAGGCGUUGAAUUUAUAAAUGGGAGUAUCAAUAGUUUGAUAAUCGUUGACUGAUUGUUAUGAAAAUCAAUAUUUUUAUUGAAAAAGUUGGCUUUGUUAUGUUAUUUAUGAUAAUAUUGGUAAUUUAGGUAGUACAUUCUGAAAAUAUUGGUAUAGUUCACGAACUUUUGAUAAAAGCAAGCAGAUUAAACAUGACGGAAUACAGAUAUUCGUACCUUUUCACACAUCCGGUAAGUUUUCUCGCGAUCGGUCUAAAAGUUUCUAGAUUUUUAGAAUCAAAAACAAUUUUUUACAUUUUUCUUUUGGGUAAAUCUCUAUAAAUAUACCUAAUCUUUGAGUGUAUAGCAUUUUUAACUUUGACCACAAUUUUUAUUCUUGGUUAAUAUUAGUCAAACUUUAGGAUCUUGCACUAUUAGAGGACUUCUUGAACUCGGAUACUCACAACUACAGGUGUAAUAUCAGUGGGAUGAGAUUGGUACAAAAGGCGCCAUUGAUCAAGACCAAUUUGGCUUUGGCCAUUGAUGCCAUUUACUUAUUCGGCCAAGCCCUGAAAGAAUUGGCCAGACGACCAUUACUACCAGUACCAGCUUCGAUUCUAUGUGAUGCUGGAGAUCUGUGGGCUGACGGUGAAAUUCUGAAUGAAGCUCUCAAAAAGGUAUGUGUUGUGUUGUAUUUUGUAGUUGGAUAAUUUUUACUUUACAUAAGUUACAGUAGCUUUUAAGUCGUUUAAAUAUUUUUAUUGUACAUAGAUCUUACUUUGUAUUUGUUAAGUGUAGAGAAUUAAAGUCUUUUUAAGUAGUUUUAUAUUUUACUUCCAACUCUUUUGUUGUCUUGAUCUUUGCACUUUUCUUUUGUUACCUUUUCGAGUAAUAAAUAACUUUGUUUUUACUUCUAAGUGACUUUUUAGGCUGUGGUUCCGGGUAAAGCGACUGGCAUUGUGAAGUUAAGCUCAAAUGGCAUAACCAGAGAGAAUGCCACUUUUGUUGGUCUUACUAGGACUGCUGGUCGAUUCAGAGAGGUAAGUCAUCAUUAUUUUUAGUUUGCUCGAAAAUUUUGCAUUUUGCUUAUGGCCUUAUACUAACUAUCAUACUACUAAUGCAGUCUUAA